CUCAUAAGGUGGAAAUACAUUGACAUAGAUCAGCAACCUUCGAAAAUUCAUAUCAACACGGUAGUACGUAAAGCAUAGCAAAUCAUUUGCUCUCGAGUCUCGAUGUCGAGAGAUCGCUGGGGUGUUGAGCGUCCAGAAUCCAAAUAUCUAAAUCAUCGAAUCAUCUUAGAACCAUUGUCAGAUGAUUUGGCAAAGCAGCCCACUCCAAUCGAGUCUCAUCUCCCUGCAUGUGGAGAUUCUAUGUCUGGUGACGGAGUUAGGGAGAGAUCAAUGUUGAAAACCUACCUCAGGAACAAUGCCGAACCGACAUAUGUCCAUCGUAAUGUCAACACAUUUUCAAACGUGUCCUACACAAGCAUCAUAAACACUCACUUCCUAGCAGUGUGAAUUUAGGCAUCUGAAAUUAGCCAUAUAAUAUUUAGAAGGUCGACG